AUGUCUCUGUCUGUGUCUCUGCCCUUUAUCAUGAGUGAUUCAGAACUCCAGGAUCUUCUUAUGAGUGUGGAUAACCUGGCUGAUCAGCAAGAGCUCAUUGAUGAUCUCGAGAGGGUUGAUGACUUGCUUGGUGAGCUGCAGAAAGAGGAAGCAGCAGCACCAGUGGCACCUGUGCCAACGCUGGUUAGUCAGAAGAGUCAUCCCCCUGUCGAUGCUCCCGACACGAACUCAGAGGUGGUCUUUGCUCCAGAGACUGUUGAGGGGUUUCUACGAGAUCUCCAGCAAUCACUUAGCGAUGCCACAGGAGAUGAGGUGGAAGCACCAACCCCAAAAACUUCUCUUCUGGCUUCAUCAAACUGGAGCACACGAAAAAGUCUCUUUGCAGAGAGCUGGAGGGCAGAGAGACCACGUCUGGUUAACACCGCAGUGGCACAAGAAAAUGUGGAAUCCCACAUCUGCCAACAGUGUCGGAGUAAUACAGCUGUUGUCCGUUGUCGUGAUUGUCGACCAUGCCCCUUCUUCUGUGCUGAAUGUGAUGCCAGUAUGCACACCAGACACCCCCUCCACAACAGAGAUGCCAGUACCGCAGGAUUUUUCCAGCCAUUGCCUCCAACAACUUUUGUACUGAAUAACACCCUUUGCCCCUGUGUGCGGUUAGUACCCGUGGAGAUGCCUGACAAAAUCUGUGGUUGUCCAACAGAGGCACUGAGACUCAAACCAGGAAGGGCUGUGGCUGUGAUCACAAUGAAUGGACGACAUGAGCUCAGCAUGCUUGAGUUGGCUUGUGAAGCAUGCAAAGCCACAUGGACUGCUGGAGUUGAGGACCUUCUUCGAAGUGACUACUGGCCAGCUACCCUUCACUUCGCUACCAUUUAUGCAACAGAUGUUUUCUUCUCAUUUGAAGAAAUGAAAAUGGCUGCACCUGGUCUGUCCUGUCAGGCAUUUUUAAGAAUGUUAGAUCAGCGAACUGUCCGUUUUGGCCGUACUGGGAAGAUCUCAGCUGACAGCUUUAUAAAAAGUUUCUUUGAAUGGAAGGCUGUGCGAUAUGAGGUGGACAGCAUCUGCAAGGAGGAGCCCUUCACCUGUCCUGCGUGCAGCCCGGAUAUGCUUGCUGUUUCUGUGGAUGGAAACCGCAAGCAUUACCGUUUUAAGAAUGCAGCUAGAUCUGAGGAACAGGCCAUCUUUGAUGGGGUCUUCAUAGCCAAGGAUGAAGACGUCACCAGAUUCAUCAACUACAUACAGAGCACAACCAAACAUAUCUCUGGAAGAGGUAUUUGUGGAGGGGAAUGGUCAGCAGCCAGAGAAACCUCCCAAAGAUCGGCCAGUAAACUGGAUGAGGAGGGACUGGAGCUUGCAGUCUGUCGUCAUGGAGUGCUUCUCUGUGCCCUCAAUAUGUACAGGGGAGAAAUCUUUGCAUAUCCCCUGUACUUACAACAGAAGCUGGCCAGUAGUUGUUUUUUUUGCAUGGAUGUGACCUGCAAAUAUUGGCCCUACCUCCAAAGAGUCACAAAAAGCUGCCCAGAGCUCCAGCAUCUUCUGAACAUGGAGCCCUUUCUCUCAGUGUUCCAUGCCAAAGCCCAUGACUUCAAAUGUGAAGUGAAAUGGAGUGGGGCGUAUCAGGAAGGGGCUGGAUUAACACUAGGGGAGGAGGUGGAACAGGUCAACGCCUUCCUCUCUCGUAUAGCAGUGACCACCAAACAUAUGUCAAAAGCAGGACGUACAGACAUGCUGACGCUCAUGGCCAUGCGCUGGAAUAAGCAAAAGGUCAACGACUUGGCCACCUCACUGUCCCACAGAUAUCUGAAAACCACAAAAGCUCUGGAAAACCAGUUGCAGAACCUGGAGUCCAUGAAGGCAGAGUUGGCAGUGACUGAGAGCCAGUUGGAAGACUGGGUCAGUGAUGUGAAGGAGUGGGCAGAAGCAACAACCAACGAGUCAAGUGAUGCUGCUGCCUUGACCAACAAGAUUGAGGUGCUGGUGGCAAGAGACGCUCGCAGCGUCUUUACAAAGACACAGACAGCAACAAAGGUCGUGCCAGAAUCCGCCGUAAGAUUAGGGAGGAGAAAGGGAUCCUGACUUCUGUUGUGGAAAAAUAUAACAGAGUGGUUCCGAGCACAGAAACUCUGUGCAUGGAAACCAUUCUGUCUGGAGAGACAGCUUGGCCAUGGCAGCUACCACACAAUGACUUUGUUGACCUCAGGACAAAGAGAAGAGCUUUCGACAUGGUCAUGGCAGUAUUGAGACUUCAGGAGGAGAAGAUGAUUCUCGUCAUGGAGAUGAAGCACCACUGGAGGUCCCUUUCAACUCGUAGUGAUUCCCUGAAAGAGCUGUCCUGUCUGGUUUCUAGGGCAACAAUGCAAAAUUCAUCGUGGGGCCUAAGUGAAGACGAGUUGAAAGGUCUGCAGAGCAUCAUCCGAAAAAAGCAGCACGACAUCAGAGAUAUGAUGGCUAAUGCCAGAUACAGCUACCUGCAAGUUUUGACUGGAGCAGAGACCAUCAACUUCUUGCACAGUGUUUCAGAUGAUUAUUCUGACAGUGACUCUGACAUUUCUGAUGACGCACUCUGUUAUUAGAGUUAUUAGAGGCUGCUGAAUUCAGUUCUGUUGCCCGAUCACUCGGCUCUGGUUGUGGUGUCCAUUCCGGCACUGGACAGCUUUACUGUGAUAGCAGGGUAAAUGCGAGCUCUCCCCCCGGUGCUGCUCAGCUGCAGCUACGAUAUGCAGCAAGUAGAUGUUGUUUUCAGGAACCUUUGUGAAUCACAGAGUUGAGGCAGUGUAGGAAUAAAACUCCUCAUCUUCAGAUGUCAUGAUACAUAUGUGAACUACUAUAAUAAAAAAAUUUCAAUGCCAUCAUAUGCUUUGUGUGCUUCAUUUGCCAGUAACAUCCUCAAAAAGUACCUUUCCAACACCUUAGCGGCUGCCUUUUUUGACUGAUACAGGUGUGCACAGGUUCAUGGCACGUAGCAGAAGCCUUCAAUAAUCCAUAUUUUGCUUGGUUAUGUUUCAUACACAUGUAAGCUAUG